GUAACUUCCGCUUACUCUCUUGCUCGUACCAUGGCAUACUUCGACUACUAUCGUGCAAAUCCCAACUGGGCUUCCAGUCAAUGGCAGAGCAUGGCUCCUCCAGCACCUGCUUUCCAGCCACAACCGUCCUGGGGAGGUCCCGAUUACUACCGUGCUAUGGCUGGAGGAGGCUAUGAUACUGGACUUUAUGAUUACGCUCAAAAUAGGUUACAAGGUCUGGGUACUUCUGGACUCGCGAAUGCGGCUCCUUCACUUGUUGAAGCGAAGCUUAUGCAUCGCAGAGCUUAUGGAGGACUUGGUGAUAUUCUGACUAUGGCACCUAUGGAGAUCGGUGCAGCCGCUGCGUAUGAAGUAUGGCGUAAUUGGAGGUAUAAUUAUGGGGUACUCGCGCAGCCCCUUAGCGGUGACGCAAUGAGACAGCGAGAAGCGCUCGUCGGACUUGCUAUUGGUGAAGCUACGAGAUUGUGGCAAUAUACGCAACGCGUCGGAGAUAAUACCGGAAGACUUGCAGCUGUUGAAACUGCAGCACUCGCCGCAGCUCGGAUCUUUGAUCAAGGGAACAGUAUACUUAUGAGCAGCGGAGGUGCAUAUGGGAACGUUGGUACCGGAAUGGGAAUGGGUGCCGGGGGAAUGGGUGCCGGCGGAAUGGGUGCAAUCAGUCCAGCUCUUUCAGGAAGUGGACUUGCCGGUGGGGCAUUAGGUUCGGGAGCCGGAGGGAUGGGAUUCGGUGGAGGUGUAGCUGGUUCUGGAAUGGCCAGUCCUGCACCUCCACUAGUUCGACGACGCUCACUCUCUGUUGGUGCUGCGCCUGGAGGACUAGGCUAUGGGGCUGGAGGAUACUCUGGCAUGCCAAAUUCUGGACUUGGCCCUGCAGGAGGUUACGCUGGUAUGGCAAAUUCUGGACUCGGCGGCGCAGGCAUGGGUAAUACUGGACUCGGUGGUGCAGGCAUGUACAGUGGUGCAGGCAUGGCUAAUUCUGGACUUGCUGCCGGAGGAUAUGCAGGCGGUAUGGCGAAUUCUGGACUCGCUGCCGGAGGAUAUGGAGGCGGCAUGGCGAAUCCUGGACUUGCUGCUGGAGGAUAUACAGGCGGCAUGGCAAAUACGGGACUUGGCGGUGCUGGAAUGUAUGGAGGUGCAGACGGGCUUCUUGGUGCAGGUGGAGGAGCAGGAGCAGGGAUUCAACGACCACUCUCGGCAGGAGGAUACGCAUCUAGCGCUGGUAUGGGAUACGGACCGGGAGAACCAGGAGAAACGUCUAUAAUGCGUCACGAGCGACACCGCGCAGAACGGGCAGCUGAGCGUGCAGAACGCGCUGCACUCAAGGGAGUUCGAUACGAAGAUGGGUAUCGGCCCGGAAGAGCGUAUGAUGAUUAUGAUAUUGAGUACGGACGUGGAGGGCUUGGUGAUGGAUACGGAGCCGGAGGCGGAUAUGGAGGUGGUGGUGGGUACGGAGAUGGGUAUGGUGGAUAUGGAAGGCGGUACGGGAGGCAUGGAAGGAGGAGACAUCGAUUAGCGCGUGAGGCAGAGGGGUAUGCGAUGGAUGCUUUGGGUGGUGGAUCUGACGGCUAUGGAGGAGGUUACGGAAGAUAUGGAGGCGGAAUUUAUUAACGCGAAGCUACAACUGUUACUUGCUCCCCACUGCGACACCGUUUUCUGAUUGGACGUUUUGUACGCUGGCACUUUGUAUACCUUCUUGCAAAUUCGAUCGCGAUGUAUAAUUUUUUUUUUCUGACUUCACGAGCUCUGUACUUUUCGCAACAAAUAACAUACUCUACUUGUACAAUAUACAAUCAUAAUCACA